UUUUUGUAAUAUGAUUAAUGUUUGGUUUCUUGUCUUCUCCUUUCUCUCUCUAUACCUUCUCUCUCUUCUCUCCUCAGUUUCCUCCCUUGUUUACCGUAGCCUGACUGGGUUUUUCCGGCAUUGACUCGUUUAAGUACGAUGAGCUGACUCAGUGCCAGAUCGGUGAGUAAGAAAUGAGCGUGGGAUUUUUGGAAGGACAUGUUCAAGCAAUGGGGUAGGCUGGUAGAGGAGGAGAGAGGAUUUGAUUCAAUCUUGAAAAUUUGGUAAUUCACUGGGAAUUUCAGCCAGUGGAAGAAAAAGAUUGCAAUAGACAAGUGAAAGAAUUGAUCGAAGGUUGUAUGGAUUCAAGGAUCAAUUUAGGAGAGGGAUUUUCAGCCCAAGGGAGAGAAUUUGAGUUGAUGGGUUAUUGGGUGCCAGCAACUCCAGAAAAGCCUAUUCCAACAAGAUCUAAUUCCAUGCCAAUUGACAGGCAUGGGAAUCAUCAAUUGGGCAGAGCGAAUUACGGCAGUAUGGCUCAAGAUUUAGGCCAAAUUCACCAACAGGGCAGAAAUGGGAGUUUCGCAGAGAGGAACAGAAUGAUAAAUCACAUUGCAGGGUCCUAUACACAGGCACUGAGUCAGGGGAGUGGAAGUUGGAAUAGUAAUUCAUUUGUUGAUCUUUUGACAAUGAAUUAUGCAGCUCCUUUUGCCUGUCCAGAAACAAGUAUAAAUAGAAGUAUGAGCAUGGUAGGAAUGCCUUUGAUUCCAGAUUUCCAUUCCCAAGUUAACGGCUUGAGAGAAUCCAGCUCAGGAGAAUUGCUAUUCCCCAAUCAAACUCACUGCUCAAGUUCAAACCGGUCAAGUGUCCACUGUAGCUUACUCCAGAUGGCCCAGUACGGACUUCCCAAACCUUACGAUCCCAACCUUGACAUCAAUUCACUACCUAGUAUAGAAGCUGAUGCAGCAUCAACUGCAACCAAUUCAUUUCAAUUCGCACCAGAAACGCCACAACUGACCAAGAAGUUGAAGAACCAGCUCUCUGCAACAGUAAAUUUUCCACAGGAAAAAGGCUCAAGUGAAGGAAUAGACAAACCCCAUGAUUUAGUAGCAUCUGUGGACUAUAUGCCAAAACAGCACAAUUUUGAUGAGCUCUUACACAACAUUGUGGACUCGUCGUAUGCUGUCAUUUCUACACCAUUUGAGGAACCAAAAGAUUCUGGCAAGGAAAGUGACCAAGUUAUUGGCCUGAACAAAACGCCCCAGCUGAAAACACAAAAACGAAAAAAGCACAGGCCUAAAGUAGUCAAGGAAGGAAAACAGAACAGGACACCCAAGGCUGCAACCACAAAAAUAGCUGAUCCGAAGGUGAAAACAACUGAAAAGAGAAAGUAUGUGCGCAAGAAGGGCCAGCAAGAAUCACCAACUCAACGUCCAGAUUCUAUUGGAGAGAGUACUGAUUCAAAGGAGAAACUGAAGGAAAGGAAGAACAAUGUCCACAAAAGGGACCUGAGAGAUCCAGCAACUCAAAAUGUAGGUGAUAUUUGUGAGACUAUGUAUCCCUCUGCUGGAACAGCAGCACCAUCAUGUAGAAGAGCAUUGAACUUUUAUGACUUGGAAAACACCAGAGAUAAAGUGGGGAGCAAUUCAGUUGCUCAGCAGGAAAUACUGAAGAAAAUGGAGAGUUUCAAUUCAAAUACAGGUUUUCACGCUUCAGAAUCAGUCAAUAAAACCAACAUGAUGUACAGAACAAAAUCAGAUUUGCAGGUGAGACAACACAGUGAGCUACUGUUAGAAAACCAGGAAUCAGGAGCAAUAAGCAACCUCACCUCUUCCGCGAAUCAAUCACUGUUUAAUGACACCUCAAUUUCAAACAGAAUAGAAGCUGGAGCCAUUCCAAUUUCAGACAGAAGAGAAGCUGCAGUUCAACUAGCUUCAACAAAAGACGUGCAAAUGAAUAAUUUAAAUGCCAAUGCUAGAGAAGCCGAUAUAAGAAUGCAGCAACAUCUCUGUGCGGAAGGAAUUGACCAUACUGCCUUACCAGCAAAAAUUAAUUGCAAAGGCCUUGAGAGGACGGGACAAUUGAUGCCUCAGAAUACUCAAUCAGUUGGAGACAUUUCAGGUCAUUUGAUUCAAGGUAGGGGAUACAAGAGAGAAUAUGGUCAUGUUGAGCAGACAAGCCACUGUACUGCAAAUCCGCCAGACCACUGUACUGCAAAUCCAUCACACUAUCACUCAAAUAGCUGCAUGUUUAGUACAAAUUGUUCAGAUAGUCCUAAGAAAAGGAAGAUUGAAAAUGGAAUCCCAACAAAUACAAAUGGUAUGUUACGUUUUGUCGCGGCUGUUAACCAUUCAGUUGCAUCUGAAGCACAAAGGAAUAUGGAAAUAUUGAAGUCAUACUUGGACAGCAAUAAUAUCAAGAGGAAAGAAAAUAAUGGAUCCAUCAGAUUUCCUGUUGACUGUUACACACAUCAAGUGGCUUCUGGACAAGAUUUGUCGAAGCGACAUAAAUUAUCUGGACCCAAUUCAUGCAUGGAAAGGAUUGUAGAGGCCAACAGAUCCACCAAUGUCCAAACCCUUACCUCCCUAACCACAGUUGAGAAUUAUAACAUGCUCCCACCAACUUGUCCCAAAACAGGACGUCAACCUGAAGGCCAACUACAAGCCAAAACUUCGAACAUUGUUGCGUUGAUGAAGCAGGCUAUGGGACACACUCAAUCUAAAUCUAUUCCAUUCAGAGAUGGUAAAAUGCUACAAACUCAUGUGGACAUCUUGAAAGAUCAGCAACCGCCUGCAAAAAGAAAAGGGCGACCACCAAAGCAGAGAUUCUCCAAUACAAUUGAAGAAAUUAUACAUCGGAUGGGGUGUCUCAAUCUGAAAGAAAGGAGCAAUGAAAUGAAGGGCAAAGAGCAAAAUGCACUUGUGCUAUACAAAGGAGAUGGCACACUCAUUCCACAUGGAGGGUUUGACUUUAUCAAGAAGCGUAAGCCAAGGCCAAAAGUAGACCUUGACCCUGAGACAGAGAGAGUGUGGAAACUGUUAAUGUGGAAGGAAGGAAGUGAAGGUGUUGAAGGAACAGAUGAGGAGAAAAAGCUGUGGUGGGAGGAAGAGAGGAGAGUUUUUCGUGGACGAGCUGAUUCAUUCAUUGCAAGAAUGCAUCUUGUACAAGGAGAUAGACGUUUCUCAAAAUGGAAGGGAUCAGUUGUUGAUUCAGUGAUAGGAGUCUUCCUUACUCAAAAUGUUUCAGACCAUCUAUCAAGCUCUGCCUUCAUGUCUCUAGCUGCAAGAUUUCCUAUUAAGUCAGCAAGAAACAGAACCUGUGAGAGGGAUGGGACAAGAAUAUUGGUUGAAGAACCAGAUGCCUGCAUGCUAAACCCAAAUGACACAAUCAAAUGGAAUGAAAAAUUUUUACAUCAUCCUUUCUACAAUCAGAACUCUGUGGUAAGCUAUGAAUCAACAGAAUAUCGGAGAGACUGUGAGACCUCGUGGACUGACAGGACAAGCAUGGUAGAGGCUCACAGUCACAGCCCUCAAGAAGAAGUUUUGUCAUCACAAGAUUCUUUUGAUUCCUUAGUUAUCCAAAGCAAUGGAGUCAGAUCGUACUCAGGCUCCAACUCAGAAGCAGAAGAUCAUGCAAAUGGGUGCAAACACAGCAAGAAUCUCAAUACAUCUUCAACAAAUCUUCCACAUGUUGAAAGCACAACCUUGUUUGAAGAGUUCUACAGUCAAGUAAGUGGAAGAUCAUUGUUUCAUAUUCAAUCCAGGCAUGGACAAAAGCAACCACAAGACAUAGAAAACAGGCAGCAGCAAUGGCCCAGAUUGGAAAGAUUAGAUGCUAGCUUAAAAAGCCCUUUUACAUUUUGUCAGCAAAUCAAGUACAAUAAUCCACAGAUGCAAGUACCAGCUGUUCCUUCUAGUAACUAUCAGUUGUGCGCAACUGUACAAUCUGAGAUCCUUGAAGUAGAAAGUGUUGAAUUGAACAGAGAAGAAAGCAUAUCUUCUUGGCCUUCAGGUGCCUCCAGAUUCAAUAAUGAAAAAGAUGCAAGCUGCACGAGCAAAAGGGUUGUAGUGGGGGCUGAAAGUGUAGCUAUAUCAACUGCACAACAAUAUGGGUCAUCAAGCUAUCAAGAAACUCGAAUAGUGGACCCACAUGCUUUCCUAAGCAAGCAAAUGAUAAAUGAACAAAGCAAUACUGAACCUUACCAUGGCAGUCAACCACAUAAGAUAAAAACGACCAUCCAAUUGGAAAGAAAAUCAAUGGCCGAGACUGCAAAUCUGGCUGAUGCACAGGUUAAUGGGCAGAGUAGCUACGAGCAACACAUCUCAAACAUUCCCAAUCUCACAGGAAAAGUUUUUGACGUUGAAGAGAGAAUUGCUUUGGUGGAUAAGCAAACACGCUCAGAAAAUGAAAUUGUUGAAUCAAAUUUGAAGGAGCAAGUACAUGUUACUAAUAAAGAAAGCUUAAAAACAAAUUAUUUAAAAGCAGGAAAAGCAAAAGCUGGAGCCGAGAAUAAGGAUGCAAUUGACUGGGAUAGUUUAAGGAAGCAGGUGCAGGCAAAUGGUAGCAGAAAAGAAAGAAGCCAAGAUACAAUGGACUCCUUGGACUAUGAAGCAAUGAGAUGCGCUAGUGUCAAUGAGAUUUCUGGUGCUAUUAAAGAAAGAGGGAUGAACAACCUUCUAGCAGAACGAAUCAAGGAGUUUCUGGACCGAUUGGUCAGAGAACAUGGAAGCGUUGAUCUGGAAUGGUUAAGAGAUGUCCCCCCUGAUAAAGCAAAGGAUUAUCUGCUAAGUAUAAGGGGAUUGGGGUUGAAAAGUGUGGAGUGUGUGCGGCUCUUAACACUUCAUCAUCUUGCUUUCCCGGUUGACACGAAUGUUGGACGGAUAGCAGUUCGAUUGGGAUGGGUCCCUCUUCAACCGCUGCCAGAGUCACUUCAAUUGCACCUCCUAGAACUGUACCCAGUACUUGAGUCAAUUCAAAAAUACCUCUGGCCAAGACUCUGCAAACUUGAUCAACGAACACUGUAUGAAUUACAUUACCAGCUGAUUACAUUUGGAAAGGUUUUUUGCACAAAGAAUAAACCAAAUUGCAAUGCAUGUCCAAUGAGAGCAGAGUGCAGACAUUUUGCUAGCGCCUUUGCAAGUGCAAGGCUUGCACUACCUGGGCCAGAAGAGAAGAGUAUAGUGACUUCAACGGUUCCUUUAAGAACAGAAAGAAGCCCUGGCAUAGUUAUUGAUCCCAUGCCAUUACCUCCAAUUGAGGAGAACUCAAUUAAAAGAGGAGGAUCAGAUAUUAUUAGUUGUGUACCUAUCAUUGAAGAGCCAGCAACACCAAAACAAGAACACAAUGAAGUAACAGAAAGUGAUAUAGAGGAUAUAAAUGAUGAGGAUACUGAUGAAAUACCAACUAUAAAACUCAACAUGGAAGAGUUGACUGUGAAUCUACAGAAUUACAUGCAAGCAAACAUGGAACUUCAAGAAUGUGACAUGUCCAAGGCUUUAGUUGCUUUGAAUCCAGAAGCUGCCUCCAUCCCCACACCCAAACUAAAGAAUGUCAGUCGGCUACGCACGGAGCACCAAGUGUAUGAACUUCCAGAUUCACAUCCUCUCCUGAAAGGGAUGGAUAAAAGAGAACCUGAUGAUCCCAGUCCAUAUCUUCUUGCAAUAUGGAUACCAGGUGAAACUGCAAAUUCAAUUCAGCCACCAGAACAACAUUGUCAGUCCCAGGAACCAGACAAAUUAUGCAAUGAAAAGACAUGCUUUUCAUGCAAUAGUAUCAGAGAAGCUAAUUCGCAAACAGUCAGAGGAACACUUCUGAUACCUUGUAGAACGGCAAUGCGAGGAAGCUUUCCACUCAAUGGCACCUACUUUCAAGUGAAUGAGGUAUUUGCAGAUCAUGAAUCUAGCCUCAACCCAAUCGAUGUUCCAAGAGCAUGGAUAUGGAAUUUGCCAAGACGAAUAGUGUACUUUGGAACCUCUGUAUCAACAAUAUUUAAAGGACUUUCAACUGGAGGAAUUCAGUACUGCUUUUGGAAAGGAUUUGUUUGUGUGCGAGGGUUUGACCAAAGAACAAGAGCGCCCAAACCUCUUAUUGCCAGAUUGCACUUCCCAGCAAGUAAGCUAGCGAAGACAAAUAAUAGACAGCAAUGAUAAGCAGGCCAUGAUCAUCUCUGUUAUUGCCAGAUUGCACUUUCCAGCAAAAAGGCCGGUGAAGGCCAAGAAUGAAAAACAAUGACAAGCAGGCCAUGAUGCAGAGACGAUCAAUAGCAAAAGUUCUAACCGGCAAAGAUAGGUAAAUUAGUGAAGAAGAGAUAUCAUUGACUAACAUAUUGUUGUACAUUCAAUUAUUCUUUGUCUAACAAGAAAUGCACUUACCCAAUCAUAGCCCAGCAUAAAGAAAUUUUCAAUAAUGUGAGAUACCAUGGCAAGUGGGAUGUAGUUGAUAAAUGCAUUUAUAAUCAUUAUUUAAAUUCAUGCUCAAAGGAGCAAUUUUUCCUGAACCAA